AUGCCGUUUGAGACGUCUCAGGAGGUCCGGGACCGGCGCGCUCGCGAGUACCACAGCGUGAUGCUCGUGUCGGCGACCCGAGGCGUGUUGGAAGGGACGAUCAUUGGUUUGCUUUCCGGGGCAUUGUUGAUGUACCGCUACAACCACGGCGUCAACCGCAAGUUCUUCCACACCUCAUAUAAGGUGGCGUACAUGGCGUGCUGGGACCUUGCCGGGAUGACGUGGCGCAUGGACGAAGCGAAGCAGAAGCUUAGGAAGCAGGCGUUGGUGGAGAACCAGUUGCGACAGGACGCCUAUAUGAACCAGGAGUUCUACGGAAGGAAAUGA